AUGUAACAUUAAGGAGAUUUUAUGAUCAAUGUAUAUGAAAAUUCUUAUUUUAGGCUGAUUUAAUUAUCAAACAACUUUAAUGUGCAGUUUGCAUCAAUGAAUUCAAUAAUGCAUUUAUAACUAAAUGUGGGCAUUCUUUUUGUUAUGUAUAUAUUGAAUAAUUAAAAAUAGAAUUGUAUUGAAGAAGUCAUAAAUAGAUAUCAUAAGUGUCCUUUAUGUAACUUAGAUCUAAAUAAAACAGAUAUCUUUAAGAAUAAUCAAAUAAAUCAAAUAAAAUGUAAUUAGUUGAUUCAUAAUAGAAAUAAUUGAUGAAUAGAAAAAAUAAUAAUUAAAUAAUAAAGUAAAUAAUAUAUUUGGAGAUCAAACUGCUAAUACUUUCUUGCCUGAUUAUAAAAUGAUAUCAGAUGUAAUUCAUUUUAAUAAUCAAGAUCUUUAAAAAUGCUGUCUAAUAAAUGUAUAAUAUAUAUGAAAGCAAAUAUAUCGAUGCAAUAGAAGAAUAUAAAACUCGUUAAUAAGAAUUAAAAAUUGAAUAUAUAUAAAAGUUAGAAGUUGUUAUGGAAGUAUUAAAAUAAAAUUAUAAAAUUAGGAUGAAGUCAAAGAAUAAAUUACUAUUAAUUAUAAGGAGGCAAUGAAACAAAUAGAAAACAGUUUUAAAUAAUUAAAAGAAUAUUAUGCUGAAUGUGUACAUAAAACUUUAGAGUAAUUUAAAUGUGAAUAGAUUGAUGUAAGAAUUUUAUAUAAUAUUAAGAUUCUAAUUUAAAUUGUAUUACCCUAAUAAAACACUUAAUUUCCAUGGCCAUUUAAAGUCAGCAAUAGAAUAAGUUCAAUUGCUGAAGUUAUUCAUUCACACUUUGAUAAAAAAAAUGAUCCUAUCUAAAACUUUGAUCCUACUAGAUUAAAAAUUGUAUUCUGCAAACCUUAAGAUCUUUAUAAGAUAACUCAAUAAGUAAUAAGGAUGGAACUUGAUGUCAUAUCUUAAUAAUAUCAAAUAUAUCCAAUGAAUAGUGAGAUAUUUUUGGCAUCUCUAGGUCAAGUUAAAUAAGGAUCAAUUAUUGUUGUUAUGGGUGAGAUAAAAUUAAAGAGCCAAUAACCUAAAGAAUGCAUUACAUAUAAAUUUAACAAGGAUAGAUUGGUUGAUUAUUUUAGUUGUUAAUAAUGUGGAAUACAUUGGGUAUGUUAAAUUUGUAAAGACUUCUGUCAUUAAGGUCAUCAAUUAAAAGUAUAUAGACAACAAGUGAAACCAGAUUGGGCUUGUUGCUAUUGUGUAUCUAAGGGAUUCUGUAAGGCAUUAAAUAAAAAUAAUUAAUGA